UUUUAAGUGACACCCCGACCUCAUGUGCAAAAAUGUGAAAAGGGGGCUGUGGACGGAUCAAUGAACCGCGUACAGAAAUUACGUUAUCUGACCAUGACGAAUUCAGGUCCCACGGAGUAGUCAUACCCUUUUCAGAUCUGACAGGCCAACAAUGGAGUACAACUGUGUAGAGCUAUUGUCCGGCUCCACCCUUGUUUCCAUCUUGGCAAUCGAAACUUGGCUCCAAGACCGUUUACUGUUGACAUUGCAGUUGCUUGGCAACCGUAUCAGAGAGCUUCCUUGGAUGCUGGAGUCCAGACGGUGAAUCCUGCAGAAUCUGGGAAAGCUGAGACAGUAACCAUGGAAAGUCGGCUGGAAUAUUUAGCAACACCAAAGAAAGAUUACCAGAGGUUGCAAGACAAGAGAUCUGUAUAUUGGUUGGAUAAAAUCCCUCAACAAUGGCCGACAGUGUGUGUUUUAACCCCCCGGCAGAUGGAACUCAGCCAACCUAAAACAAUCUAUGAAAACUACAAGAGUGACAGACCUCCAAUAUGGCCUGUGACUUCAUCUGCCAUGAACUGCAACCCAACUCCUAGAGUGAUGCUUCUAGCUCAAGCAAAGCAAGUCAACCAGAAUUGGCAACCUGAUCGAUCUGUUUAUUCUGAAGUCAGUGAAAGGGCAAGGACUGCCAUUGCAUCUCCUCGGAUUAUCCAGCUUUCUCAACCAAAAUCCUAUGACUCUGUAGAUGACCAGGAGUCUGACUACUGGAUUCAAAGUGCACGGGCACUGGCCUUCAAGAGGAGCUUAAACACAGAGGCAUCUCCCAGACUUUUAGCACUGGCAACACCAAAAGACGUACCCAAAGAAUACCUUUGUGAGCGCCCAGUACAAUGGCUAGUAUCAGAAGCUGUAAAGAAUGCUGCUGCCACAGAAAGAGUGAUCCGACUGGCUAAGCCCAAGACUCGCAGGGAGCUGUAUGAGGGGUUUGACCCCUACAAGAUUUCUAGUGCUGCAAAACAUACUACAGCCACACCCAGGCUCAAGGAACUCUGCAUGCCUCUUCCCAGGAAAAUGAAACACAAGGUGUGAGAGUUUUUAAUGAUGGUUUCAAUACACAGACAUUCAGCUGUUUCAUUAUCGGGUGAUGAGUUUUGGGACAUGUUGGCUGUGGAAAAGAGCUGUUAAUGCUGAUGCUCAGAGACAUGCCACAUUUCUACCUCCAUUUAAGUUGUUACACACUUACCAGUAUCUUUAUCGCAUUAAAACUUCACAUCGUUUUUUCUGAAAAUGAAAGUACUGAUUAUAGUCUGCACUUUUUUAUUGUUGUUUUGCCAAAUAUAUUUGAGUUUCAGCAAAGAAUUUUUACAACAUCACUCAUUUUCUUCUUUAAUAAAAUGUGUAUUGCUGUGACA